AUGGGAUCAAAUUUGGAUGGAAGAAUAGCAAUGGAGGUAGGAGAUGAUGGGGUGGCUCUCAUAACCAUUCUCAAUCCUCCUGUUAACUCCCUCUCCUUUGAUGUGUUUCGCAGCUUAAAAGAAAAUUAUGAGGAGGCAUUAAGAAGAGAUGAUGUGAAUGCAAUUGUCAUUACAGGAGCAAAGGGAAAUUUCUGUGGUGGCUUUGAUGUUACAGCUAUUGAAGGAAGUCAAGGGGGAAACAUGGAGAAAGAACAAAGGCCUGGCUAUAUGGCUGUCGAGGUCAUCACUGACAUUUUCGAAGCUGCGAGAAAGCCUUCAGUUGCUGCCAUUGAUGGGCUUGCCAUAGGUGGAGGAUUAGAGACUGCAAUGGCAUGCCAUGCUAGAAUAUCAACUCCCACUGCACAAUUAGGGUUGCCUGAACUGACGCUUGGACUAAUUCCUGGACUUGGGGGAACACAGCGACUUCCACGUCUUGUUGGUCUCUCAAAGGCACUUGGGAUGAUGCUGACGUCAAAAUUAGUCCAAGGGGACGAAGCUUACAGUUGGGGCCUCGUGGAUGCCGUCGUCUCACCUGACGACUUGGUAAGCACUGCACGUCGAUGGGCCCUCGACAUCUUGGACCGAAGAAGACCAUGGGUGGCUUCUCUUUACAAGAAAGACAAAAUAGAACCCCUUGGGGAAGCAACGGAAAUACUCAAGUCUGCCAGAGCUCGGGCCCAGAAACAGGCUCCCCAUCUUCAGCACCCAUUGGUUUGCAUUGAUGUCAUGGAAGAGGGUAUAGUUUCCGGUCCCGAGCUGGGAUUUUGGCAGGAAGCUGAAGCUUUUCAGGAACUUUUGUAUUCUGACACUUCCAAGUGUUUGGUCCACAUUUUCUUUGCUCAGAGUGGAACGUCAAAGGUACCUGGGGUUACUGACGUGGGUUUAGUGCCAAGGCGAGUGAAUAAGAUUGCUAUCCUAGGUGGAGGACUACUGGGCUCUGGAAUAGCAACGACAUUAAUUCUUGGUGGUUAUCAAGUAAUCCUGAAAGAAGUAGAUGACAAAUCUUUGGAGGCUGGGAUUGAUAGAGUCAGAGCCAAUUUGCAAAGCCGUGUGCAUAAAGGAGAAAUGUCUCAAGAGAAGUUUGAGAAAACUGUCUCUCUACUCAAGGGUGUCCUCAACUACGAAAACUUUAAAGAUGUGGAUAUGGUGAUAGAGGCUGUUAUCGAGAAUGUUUCUCUAAAGCAACAAAUUUUUAGUGAUCUUGAAAAGUAUUGCCCACCACAUUGCAUACUUGCCAGCAACACUAGCACAAUUGACUUGAACCUGAUUGGAGAUAGGACAAUUUCCCAAGAUCGUAUUGUUGGAGCUCAUUUCUUCUGUCCGGCUCAUAUCGUGCCACUUUUGGAGAUUGUUCAUACUAAGCAGACUUCUCCCCAAGUGAUUGUUGAUUUGCUAGACAUAGGGAAAAACAUUGGGAAAACUCCAGUGGUGGUUGGAAAUUGCACUGGCUUUGCUGUCAACAGGAUGUUCUUCCCUUACACACAAGCUUCUAUUUUUCUCAUCGAGCGUGGUACAGAUCUCUAUGAGAUUGAUGGGGCCAUUACCAAAUUCGGAAUGCCUAUGGGCCCUUUCAGAUUGGUUGACCUGGUUGGUUUCGGUGUUGCAAUUGCGACUGGCAUGCAAUUUGUUCAGAAUUUUCCUGAGCGAACAUAUAAAUCAAUGCUUAUCCCCCUUUUGCAGGAGGAUAAGAGAGAAGGUGAGACUACGCGCAAAGGGUUCUAUUUGUAUAAUGAGAAAUGCAAAGCCAGCCCUGAUCCUGAAUUGGCAAAAUAUAUUAAGAAGUCGAGGAGCAUUAAUGGUGUAACUAUUGACCCUAAGCUAAUGAAAUUAGCAGAAAAGGACAUUGUGGAGAUGAUAUUCUUUCCCGUGGUGAAUGAGGCCUGCCGAGUCCUUGCCGAAGGUAUUGCAGUCAAUGCAUCAGACCUUGAUGCUGCUGCUGUUAUGGGAAUGGGUUUCCCUUCCUACAGGGGAGGCAUCAUGUUCUGGGCCGAUUCUCUCGGAUCCAAAUACAUUUAUUCAAAAUUGGAGGAAUGGUCUAAGAUUUAUGGAGAAUUCUUCAAGCCCUGUGCCUAUUUGGCUGAAAGAGCAGCCAAGGGGACUCCUCUGAGUUCUCCGAAAGAGGAAGCAACACCUCAGUUAAUGUGAGAUCAGUUUGAUCGUUGCAUCGCCUGCUUGGUUAAGAAUUCCCUUAUAUCUUCUUCCUCUCGUUGGCAUUUUGGCUCAAACAUCCAUAAACAAGAACUCCCUCAUGAGCGAAACCAUCUUCACCAACAACUAUUCGAGGAAUGACAGUACUCAAGCUGUUUGUGUAUGUUGUGGAUUAUGUGUAGUGGGAGAAAUAUAGGUGGGAAACUGUGAUAUAUAGCAACUGAAAGAAUCGUUGGUAUUUUGUAUAUUUGAAGAUAGGAAACAAAUAAGGGUACGUAUGAUGUGUUUAGAAAAAAUAAAUGCGAAACAUUGAUGCAAAAACAAUGGUGUAAUCGUGAAAUAA